GCGCAGGCGCGGCAGGGAGGCGGGCAGGAGACAGGGACAUACGCGGUGCGAGAGGCCGGAGCGGCGCAGAGCGGAGAUGGGAGCCGUGCGAGAGAUCUGCAGCUAGCCCGGCUGCACUUGCUCAGACGGCUGCGGGGAGGCUCAGGUAAAGACUGGAAAGAUGAGCCUUUAAACAGAAAGGUCAGAGUGUCUAACAUUGAAGAGAAGGACUUCAAACGUAAGAAGGAUGAGCUCAUAUGCGGAUAUCUGCAGCUCCAAGCAAGCACAGAGCAGCGCUGAGGGAAGUUAUCAACGCUAUGGAGUCCGGUCCUAUCUGCAUCAAUUUUACGAGGACUGCACAGCUUCAAUUUGGGAGCAUGAGGAUGAUUUUCAGAUCCAGAGGUCACCUAGCAGGUGGAGCUCUGCAUUCUGGAAGGUCGGACUCAUCUCUGGGGUGGUUUUUAUGCUGAUCGGGUUAACCGUUCUUGUAGUAGGUUUUCUUGUGCCACCAAAAAUCGAAGCCCUUGAGGAAGAAGAUUUUGUGGUUGUGGAUAACCAUGCCAUUCAGUAUAAUGGAGCCCUAGAUAUAUGUAAGCUGGCAGGAGCAAUCUUAUUUUGUAUUGGAGGGACCACGAUGGCAGCAUGCCUGUUGAUGUCUGCUUUUGCUAAAAGCUACUCCAAAGAAGAAAAGUACCUUCAGCAAAAGUUUAAAGAGAGAAUAGCCGACAUAAAAGCCCAUGCUCACCCAGUCACAAAAGCACCAGCACCAGGAGAAUCGAAGAUACCUGUCACUUUGUCCAAAGUUCACAAUGUCCAACCUUUGUCAGAAACCUGACAUUUUCCUUUUUAAUUUAUACAUCACUUAAUUUGAAAAGGUCAGCUUUUGUGAGCAUAUGAAUUUGUGUUUACAGUAUAGCAUUGAGUGCUCUGCUCUGUAAGAGGGGAACUAAUUGGAAACUUUGCCCAACAGAAUUAAAAUGUUGGCAAAGGAGGGAAAUUUAGGUGCUUAGUGCUUUGAAUAAUGUAUUUACAUGUUCAGAUGUAUGAAUAGUGUAAACAAGUGUUCACCCUAUGUUGAUCUAGGUCAGUCUACCAACACUGCUACAAUAUUGAAAGGGAUAGAAGAUUUUUAACAUUUGUUUCAUUUGAGAAAAAUGAGACCUUUCAUACUAGUUGAUUCAUGGCCAUUCAAAAUUACACUCUAUUAAAAUUAAUGUUGUGUAUUUUUUUUAAUCUACACUAACAUUUUUUAGUGUUGGUGUUCUUUCACUUCCCAAUCCUGCUGUACAUGGGAAAAAUAUAUGCUGCCCUCCUCAAGACUCAUGUUUGUAGUCUUGUCAUUUUUGGUAUUCUAUAUAAAAAUAAUAUAAAUUUAGAUAGUCUGUGUUUCUCAGAGAAGAAACUGUGCUUCCCAGAUUAUGAUUUAGGCAUAUCACCUAACAGUUCCAUAUGGGAAAUAGACAUCAUUUUAGGCCCAGAUUUGCCACAAACCAACACAGAUCUGCUCCUAUCCAUCCUUUUUAAAAACACCACAUUUUAUUUUAUUUUUAAAAGCUACAAAAGCAGGAUUAUGAAACACUCAAUUUUGAUUGAGAAAAAGAACUCCACAUUUCCCCCAUCCACUGUUUGGUGUGGUGUCUCUCAUCAUGAGUCUUUGCCAAACAUUUUUAAAACUCAUAACACAUGUGGGCCUUGGCAGGAUGGAAAUCAGCUUAUGAUUUAAAAUGAAAUUCCUAGCCUGCUCUGUCCUGUCUCUACUCAAUCCCAUCAGUUGACCUUACAGAAUCUAUCUAAAGAGAUUUUACAAUGUUGUUCUAUUUUUAUAGGUAGUAGAUCCAGCUCUCCUUAACCAGAAUACAUGUGUCUAGAUGCUUACCUGAAGAGUUGUUCUUUCACUAAAGAAACUUAAUUUUGUUCAUGAGACAACUCAUUCUCUUAAUCAAUGGAUUUAAAUUAAAGGUGUAUAAAAAAAAAUAAUGUGACCUUUGUAUUCUCUGAAAUCACAAUCCACCUUAUAGUGCUGUCUAUUUUUUGAAUGGAUUCAGUAAAAUUAUAUGAACAAGCUAAACAUGAAUUUUG